GUUUGGUUCUGUUUUAAACUUUGGAACAUAAAUCAUUUGGGUCCAUAUGGUUGAUCUUAAUAUUACUGCUUGGCUUAAUUUGAGACUUGAGCUUUCGCUGAGGUUCCUGGAGUUGCUUUGUUACUUCGUUUUGAAGGAUAUUCUAUGGAGGUUCUCUGAUUCAAUAUUUCUCAUUUUAAUCCUUGUAUCUGUUUAUCUUGAAACUGUAAGAUCACAUGCCUGUAUUUUGCUUCCAAAUUCUUUAUGUUAGCGCUUUGAGCUGUUCCAUUCAUAGUAGCCUUAAUUAGCUUCCUCUCUACCCCUUCAUCAAGUUUGCAUAACCGAAUUGCCUAGAAAUUACUGGAAUUGAAGUCUUUGAAGCCUUUUCAAUUCCUGAUAUUUCAUUCUGAUUCCAGCCUAUUCAAAAUCCUAAUUUUGGAAGUCCUGAUUUCUUUUAGCUUAAUUGUUGGGUGGCAUUUUUGCAUCACGGUUUUAUUGGUGUAAAUUAGAGAAAAAAUGCAGAAGCCUCCACAAGCUAUUGAUUUUGCUCUAAAGGAGACCUCACCAAACAUUGGUGCAGGAGCUGUCACAGCUGAUAAGCUUGCCUGCACCUAUGACCUUGUUGAACAAAUGCAAUAUUUGUAUGUUCGUGUGGUGAAGGCCAAGGAUUUGCCCGGUAAAGAUGUUACUGGUAGUUGUGAUCCUUAUGUUGAAGUAAAGCUUGGGAAUUAUAAGGGAACAACUAAGCAUUUUGAGAAGAAGACGAACCCUGAGUGGAAUCAAGUGUUUGCUUUCUCUAAAGAGAGAAUUCAAGCUUCCUUUUUGGAGGUUUCAGUGAAAGACAAGGCUGUUGUUUUAGAUGACUUGAUUGGAAGGGUUAUGUUUGAGCUAAAUGAUGUCCCAAAACGUGUUCCCCCUGAUAGUCCUUUGGCACCACAGUGGUAUAGAUUGGAAGACCGGAAGGGGGAUAAAAUUAAGACAGGAGAGCUGAUGUUAGCUGUCUGGAUGGGAACUCAAGCAGACGAGUCAUUUCCUGAUGCUUGGCAUUCAGAUGCAGCAGCCGUUGGUCCUGAUGGGGUUGCGAACAUCCGAUCAAAGGUAUAUCUUUCACCUAAGCUUUGGUAUGUUAGGGUCAAUGUGAUUGAAGCUCAGGAUUUGGUACCUGGUGAUAAAAGUAGGUUCCCUGAAGCUUUUGUGAAGGUCACUUUAGGAAAUCAAGCAUUGAGAACUAGAAUUUCCCAAAGUAGGAGUAUCCAUCCAAUGUGGAAUGAAGACUUGAUAUUUGUAGUUGCUGAACCUUUCGAGGAGCCUUUGAUUUUGACAGUGGAAGAUAGAGUAGGAUCAAACAAAGAUGAAAUUUUGGGGAAAUGUGUGAUCCCUUUGCAGAUUGUGCAGAGAAGGCUAGACCAUAAGCCGGUCAACACUAGGUGGUAUAAUCUUGAAAAGCAUGUGACUGCAGAAGUGGAACAAAAGAAGGAGAUCAAAUUUGCUAGUAGAAUCCAUUUGAGAGUUUGUCUAGAUGGUGGUUAUCAUGUAUUGGAUGAAUCAACACACUAUAGCAGUGACCUUAGGCCAACAGCAAAGCAACUAUGGAGGCCUAGCAUUGGGAUUUUGGAACUUGGGAUUCUCAAUGCUGUGGGGCUCAUGCCUAUGAAGACCAAGGAGGGGCGAGGAACCACGGAUGCCUAUUGUGUAGCUAAGUAUGGACAGAAAUGGAUCCGGACAAGAACAAUUGUUGACAGUUUCACUCCAAGAUGGAAUGAACAAUACACUUGGGAAGUUUUCGACCCCUGUACUGUCAUUACUAUAGGGGUAUUUGAUAAUGGUCAUGUACAUGGGGGAGGUGGAGGGGGGAAGGAUUCAAGAAUUGGGAAAGUGAGGAUUAGGCUAUCGACACUUGAAACUGAUAGAGUUUACACACAUUCAUAUCCUCUUAUAGUAUUGCAACCUUCAGGUGUUAAAAAGACAGGUGAAGUUCAAUUAGCUGUAAGGUUCACAUGCUCAUCUUUGAUUAACAUGUUACAUAUGUAUUCACAUCCAUUGUUACCCAAAAUGCACUACAUCCAUCCAUUAUCUGUGGUGCAACUUGAUAGCUUGAGGCACCAAGCUAUGCAAAUUGUCUCUAUGAGGUUGAGCCGAGCCGAGCCACCUCUAAGGAAGGAGAUUGUGGAAUAUAUGCUAGAUGUGGAUUCACAUAUGUGGAGUAUGAGGAGAAGCAAAGCCAAUUUUUUUAGAAUUAUGGGCGUCCUAAGAGGUUUGAUUGCAGUUGGAAAAUGGUUCGACCAAAUUUGUAACUGGAAAAACCCUCUUACAACUAUUUUGAUUCACAUUCUUUUCAUAAUCUUAGUCCUUUAUCCUGAACUAAUACUGCCAACGAUCUUUCUUUACCUUUUCUUGAUUGGAAUUUGGAAUUACCGGUGGAGGCCCAGACACCCUCCUCACAUGGACAUCAGACUCUCCCAUGCUGAUGCAGCCCAUCCUGAUGAACUUGAUGAAGAAUUUGAUACAUUCCCUACCACCAAGCCAUCAGAUAUUGUCAGAAUGAGAUAUGAUCGUCUUAGAAGUAUAGCCGGACGGGUACAGACAGUAGUCGGAGACUUGGCAACUCAAGGUGAAAGAUUCCAGUCUUUGCUUAGUUGGAGAGAUCCAAGAGCAACUACUCUAUUUGUGAUAUUCUGUCUAAAAGCUGCUGUAAUCCUGUAUGUUACUCCUUUUCAAGUUGUUGCUCUACUGGUUGGUCUUUAUGUGUUAAGACAUCCCAGAUUCCGCCACAAGCUCCCUUCAGUUCAUCUCAAUUUCUUCAGAAGGUUACCUGCAAGGUCAGAUAGCAUGAUAUAAUAAACAAAAAUAUGCAUUUUAGCAAGGCAAAAGCUGCAGGGACAAUGUCAUUUUUUGCCUAUUUGUACUGUUAAAAUCCUUAACAUUGUAGUUUCUCUCGUUGAUGACUUUAUUGAUUUCUAUUCAUUGCAAUCAAUUAAUGUGGGUACUAA